GGCACCGACACAGCGCGCAGCUCAGCAUCAUUACUGCCAUCAUGUUCCACUGAUCAUCACAUCGGACUCUUCUACCUGUCGGAUAAACUCUGUUUUUAUCUAAUCUCCGUGUUUAAAACCUCCUCCUGUUUAUGGAGGGGGGAUGUUAAAGCCUUUCCUGCGGCCCUUCCAGCUCUCUGCGCUAUUUAUAGAGGAAUGCCUUCUUCCAGGACUGGGCAGGAGAGAGGAGUGUGGGCCUCUGUUCUUCUACUGACCAUCUUCUCCAUCAGCUUCACCAUGGCUGCAGUGGGACAGUGCCCACACAGCCUGGACUGUGCCCGCGAAGGCCGUCAUUUUUGCCAGCCUGGCUCAUCCCACUGUGGCCCCUGCCUGGCACUACUCAUCGAAAACAAGAGAGGAAAAUGCGUGGUCAGGAGACGAAACCACAUCAAAGAAGUGGAUAUGCGGCCCGAGCUGGACGAAGAAAUCGACUUCCUCUCCUCCAUCAUCACCAAACACAGAGAAUCUGAGAUGAAACACACAGGACCAUCUCAGGCUGCUCCUCAUAUGAAGGAGAACUCGUCUCGAUCGAGGACUCACCACAUAGCUGAAGCUUCUCCCAGCCAUGAACCUGUAACACAGCCUAUAACACACACUCUUACGACAUCAUUUCCUACCACCAGCUCCAGUGCCAACAGUGCCAGUCCCAGCACCGCCAGCCCUCUGAUAUUAGCAGUGCAAAACACCCCCCUCAUAAUACCCUACCCAUCAGAGGACCACUCUUAUCUCGUUACAGCAGGAGUGUGUCUCAUGGUUGCUUCAAUGGCUUUGGUCCUGUCUGGAGUCUGCUGGGUGAGGAUGCAGAGAGGAACUCGCCUGGCCCAGAAAGUGGACUACCCAGCCUUCGGGGGGAUAAGCCCUCACCCCUAUGACAGUGCAUCUUGUGGAGAUAAGAAUCUGGCUCAGAGUGCACAGAUGUACCAUUAUCAGCAUCAGAAGCAGCAGAUGUUGUCAUUAAAACAAAGAGAUGAACCACAAAUCCCUGAAUCAGGAGCUACCUCAGAUGAGGAGAACGAGGAUGGAGACUUCACCGUUUAUGAAUGUCCCGGACUCGCUCCGACUGGUGAGAUGGAGGUGAAGAAUCCUCUGUUUGACGACUCCACCCUUCAUCUUCAUCUCGACCUGCAAAAGAGCUACAACUGAAAUUGGACUGCCAUAUAAUCACAUGGAAAAUACGUGCAUACCACCCAAAUCAAAUCCCACUCGAGUUAAUGUUUCUAAAGAUGACGUCACCAUGCAGAGGACGGCGGCCGGGAAUGAAAGGAGGAUGGAGAAGAGAAUGACUGCAUUGGAUUGAAUUUUACUUAAUCAAUUAAGGGCAAGUCCGGUGUUGAACAGUUCUGAGCUUCUGUCUUCUCUCCUCCUGUCGUUUCUCCAUUUUUUUUUUAUUAUCCAGUAUUUAUUUACUGACUUAUGUUACACAUUGUCUCUUCAAACUGGAAGCAACCCUGUAAAACUAACAUAUCUCCUGAAUAUAAUCUGCUGUUAAAUAUACACAGUGUGAGCACACAUAGGAUACAUUUCCACUGCACAAAAACAAGAACCAGUCCAAACAGGAGCUAGUGGUACUUGGGGUUUUAGUUUUAGCUAUUUUUAUUAAGCAGAGAGACAUUUAUAACUGUAAUGACUGUAAAGGUGAUGACUAUAAUGGCACUAUUAACUUAUUAAGUACUAAAAAUAGUACUGAAAAAGAAAUGAGUGUCGCUUUUGGACAAAGGUUACACAAAGUACCCAGGUGCCAGUUUUAUCUGUGACAUGCUAUACCUAACCAAUCAGCUGGAUGGCCAUACCACCAAAUAACAUUAGGUCUUGUUUGUGCCUGUCUUAAAACAGUUCUGUUUUUUAUGCAGUGGACAAAGACUCUUUGGCUCCUGCAAACAAUUAAAGACAUGUACUGUACACACAGUUCUGCACGAUAGAUUGCUCCAUCUCCCAUGGACUGAGCAGUUCUGUUUAGUCUCAGAUUACCUUUAAUCAAUGAUACACUGGCAACAAUUUAUUUUAAAUAUGCAUUAUCUUUGUUUAUUUAUCUUUUGUUUUUUUUGUUCAGUAGAUAAUACCAGUCAUUAUUUCUUGUUUUGUCAGCCUGGCAUAGGCUUCAAUAGUAGCCAGCAUACCAUGAUCUUUACAGUAUAUGCACGCAUCAGUAUAAACAGGGAGUGCAUGGCAGCUCUCGUUUUCCUCACAGCUCUGUCAUAUAAUGAAAUUAAGAUUUUUGUAUCUGAUUGUGUCUGAUGUCUCUACAUUCAGACCAAACCUCCAGGAUGCUUUACUGCAAGCUUCCUUUAGCAAAAAAAAAGGCUUUAACUUUGCACGCUCAUGCUUUACUUGUGCCCUCUAAGCUCAAAGGACAAGCACUGGGUAGUUUAUGGCACUGGCUGUGGGACCAUAUGUAAGGUGUCUUCUGGAUUAGCUUGGUUUAAAGCUGGAAUUUUAGUAGAUGUUACUGAAAGUCAGACCAGGAUUUUAGUAGAUUUUACCGGAAGUUAAACACAAUUUACAACCCCCAAAACACAUUGUUGCCUGGGCUAAAAGACCUUAAUGCUAAAACGUGCCCUCUAUAAUGUUUAAAGUGGCAUUAUGCCCCCCUCAGUAAAAUCACCCAGUGAAAUAGAUUUUGAUGCAGGAUCAAAAUGCUUUUUUGUGUCUGAUGUACAUGUUUGAAAAAGCUUGUUUAAUUUAGUCAUUUAUUAUGAUAACAGGUAUUGAAUCAUUGAUUUGCUGCAGCCAAAGUCCUUAACUUCCCCCUUUGUCUAUAAAUAAGGUAAAGGUGGGCAUUUAAAGUUGUGGCUCUGGUAGAUAAAUAAAUUUAGGUGUACUUAAAAAAA